GGUAACCGAACUUUUGCAAAGUUGCCAAGUUUUAGAGCAAAAUAUUAUUUACAGGCUAGAAAGCGCGUUUGUUUCAUGCACUGUUAUUCUCGGGAAUGUAGAACCGCUUAAUGCGCAGUUUACAGUUGUCUGGAAGGAGAAAUGGCACAUCAUAGUGUGGUUAGCUAAUUAACUAACUAACAUUAGCUAGUUUAUAUGUUUAUUUAUGUUCAUUGCUUUAGAAAUUGCCACACUCGAGUGUGUUACGUCGAUUAUGUUAUACAGUAAAAUGUCCAAAUUAGGGUGUUGAGUGUUCAAGCACCAGCCACCAAAGCAAACUCCUUGUAUGUGAGAACGUACUUGGCAAUAAACUCGGUUCUGAUUCUCAAUCUGAAAUCCAUUUUUUCCUCCGAAACCUGCCAAAGUGCAGUAGUUAGUGGCGUGAGAGGUAACUUGGCUGAAAACACAGCGCUGCUGAAUUGCCUGAUCAUCUCAGAGCACACCUCCCUGGCUGUGAUGGAGCAGUACCAUGUUUUGAAGAUGAUAGGCGAAGGCUCUUUUGGCCGAGUGUACAAAGGGCGUCGAAAGUACACCAGUCAGGUUGUGGCUUUAAAGUUCAUCCCUAAAGUGAGUCGUUCUGAGAAAGAGCUGCGGAGUCUGACGAGAGAGAUUGAGAUCAUGCGAGGACUCAAACAGCCAAACAUAGUCCUGCUUUUGGACAGUUUUGAAACAGAAACUGAGGUGGUAGUAGUGACCGAGCAUGCUGAAGGUGAAUUGUUUCAAAUCCUGGAGGAUGAUGGACGUUUACCUGAGAGCCAGGUGCGUGAUAUAGCUUGCCAGCUGGUAUCUGCCCUGUAUUACUUGCAUUCCCAUCGUAUAUUGCACCGCGACAUGAAACCACAGAACAUCCUUCUGGGCAAAGGGGGUGUGGUGAAGCUCUGUGACUUUGGAUUUGCUCGAGCCAUGAGCGUCUCCACAUUGGUGUUGACCUCCAUUAAGGGGACUCCUCUGUACAUGUCUCCGGAGUUGGUGGAAGAGAAGCCCUACGACCACACAGCUGACCUCUGGGCUUUGGGCUGCAUUCUGUAUGAGCUCCACACGGGGGCGCCACCGUUCUACACCAACUCCAUCUUUCAUCUCGUACAGUUGAUCGUCAGGGAACCGGUCAAAUGGCCAAAGAAUAUGAGCCACAGCUGCAUGAGUUUUCUGAAGGGCCUGUUAAAUAAAGACCCUCAGAAGAGGCUGAGCUGGCCUGACCUGCUUCACCAUCCUUAUGUCGCAGAUGGAGUCAUUGUUUUACCAGAUGAGAGUUUGCACAGCCCCCUGACCAUAACACCCAGUCCAAGCAUCCAAGCCAUGAAGCAGCAGCAGUUAGCAGAGAAAUCUGCACCUCGCAAUGGAGAAAACAAACUACUGCGCAGAGCCAGAGACAUGCAAGACAGAAAGCAGAAGAUACAGGACCAGCUGAAGACCAGGAAAGCGCUUGUUAACAGCCAGCCUCGCACCAAAACUGCCCCGGCUGGAGAAGCCCCCACCAGCAACCACUCAUUGGGCAGCACCUUUACAGGGUGUCGAAAUUCAGCUCAUCCACCAGCCAAUCAGCAUCAAGCCAAUGACAUUGGUGUUGCCAGGGUGACUUCGGCUCCGUGUAAGGGCCCCAUCAGCAGGGACUAUGAGAGAGAGUUUCCUUCAGUGGAGGUGGGACCGAGACUGAUGGUGAGACGCUCCAGACUGGGACACACCAGCUUGGCUUCUCUUCAGAUGGACAGUGAUGAGCAAGAUGUUAACAGUGAUGAAAAGUGGCAGCGUUUAGCUGACGUGACGGAUCACAUGUCUGUGCUUAUGGAUCCCCACAUCCAUCAGAAACUGAAGAACAAGCUCCUCCAAUGCAAAAAACAGCUCCUUAAUGGGAAGUUGGAAGAGCCUUCUACUCUUCUUCAGCUCCUAAAGAUCCUCACUAACAUUAUCCUGACCUCUGACCCUGCGGAUGCCAGGAGAAUUGGCGAGGAAAUGGACGUGCUUCACAUUUUAUUUAGUCUGAUCGAGGUGAUGCUUAACAGUCCUGAAGUAAUCAAGAAGCCGUGGAGCGAGAGGGUGCUGGGAGAACUGACGGCUGUGCUUUUGCCGAUUUGGGAGAACCAGCCUGACUGGCAAAUGCAGGAGAAGAGAGCUGAGGAUUUGUGCCAGCUGUUGAUAUCAUUAUUUCUCCAUCCAUCCCCAAACGCUCUUGCACCACAAGCAACUGCAGUCCUGAGUCUGUUGUUUGUUCACUACGGCGUGUGCGUUAACAUCCACAUGGACAGACUUACGGCUCUUCUGGAGGAUCUGCUGUCGGGGCCAGAGGAGCCUCAUUACCCUUUACCUGCUGGCUGGGGCAUGUGCGACGGUGUCCUGGCAUUAAUUCUUUAUUUUCUCUCUGAGAAUGAAAGCAGUGCUCUGUAUGAUUUUCUGAACUCGGAGGUUUGGUGUCACUUGUGGACUAAAGUUGGCAACAUUCUUGAAAGCACGUUAUCCAAGCCUGAUUUUCUCUCAGUUGAUGGUCUCUCUGUCCUUUUGUCGAUUGCUCUGUUCGCUUUCUCCAAUGAACCUUCUGACUGCCUGUUCCUGUUUUUUGAUGACGACAAAAAACUCAUUCGCACCCUCAUCGGUCUCUUGACUGCUAAUAGCAGCUCAGCACCACUUAAAAGGGGUCUCCUGUGGGGCGGCUCUGAUAUGAAUAGUCUCACUGUGAUGAGCUGCCAGUUACUGUGCUUUCCCUUUACUGUGGAACUGCCCCAGGAGAAAAUGGUGGCGAUUCUCCACUCGUAUCAAAGCCUGAAUAUGGUGGAAGGCUUGGUUCAGGUGAUUCAACUCCAAUCCCCUGCUCUUUUAGAGCUUCCACUUUCUCUGUUAUGCUGUCUUUGUCAGUCCUCCCCCAAGUAUGCUGUUCCAAGCUUCAUCACAGCAGCCCACGACUGUGGGUUUCUUCCCCAGAGUGUAUCAUCCGACCAAACCUUAAAUAGCCUUAACCAGUCUGAGAGUGCAGCAGAACAGCCAAGACUUAAGAGCCACCCACAUAAAAACCAGUUAGAAACGGACAGGAUUGAUAGGAAUCACCCGAAGAGAACCACAUACAUAAUAAGAGGGAGUAUAAAUAAAAGAAGGGACAUGAGGAAUCCUCCUAACAUACACUCCCAGCUAUCCAAAAGCAAAUCCACAAAGGUGAAGGAAAGAGGCUUUCAUUCAAAGAUCAAGCAAGAUCUAAGAAUUCACAGUAUGGAACACGUUCCUGAUGGUAUAGAACAACACAGUGAUGGAGAGGAGCUUCUCGACAGCCUGGAAUUCCACAACGGCUUCUCAGACCAUCUCGGACAUCUCGCACCACAGCAUAAGAGCGCCAUGAGCUGGCUGGUUGACAGUCUAGAGCAUCCUAAGAACUGCAUAGAUCACUGUACUGUAAUUAAAGGUUGUCCUAAGGUCAAAGGUCAGCCUCCUCAACCUGAAUUUAGGACUGCAAGUUCUCUCUUGUCCAUGCUGAUGCAGACCGAGACCCUGUACAGGUGUGCAGUGCAGCUUCUGACUCUGCUGUGUCAGAUUUACACGUCUGGCUCGGCGCGCUCCGCUGUGCCCGUAGACCCGGUCGUGCUCCGAGCUGCCCUACGCCACCCUGAUGAUGGGAUCCGAGCAGCUGGCUGCAACCUCUUGACUUGCCUGCAGUCAGAUUUUGGACAGGUCUCUCCCAGACCAAAAGCAGGACCAAACGCAUGGACCAUCGAACCAGCAGUGUUCAAGGACUUGCUAAGCCGCCUGUCUGAUUCUGCGCCUUCCGUACGCAGGAGUGCCUGUAAGGCUGCAAUAAAGUGGCUAGGCAUGAUGAGAAACAUUGAAGUCACAUCAAAGAGAAGCCAGCGUUUACAGGAAGGGACCGAGUGCAGGAAGAGAACCCUCAGUGCUCCAGCGGUAAAAGGCAGAGGAAGAAUGAGGGUAAGGGUUGAGGGUAUCAGACAAUGGAGAAAGGAUGACUCUGGUUCUCCUGCAAGUUCUCCUAUAGGUACUUGUAUAGAGGGCGAGGAGUGGCUCAAAGUCGCCAUGGGAGCAGCAUCUCCAGCGGUUUCUCUCCUCUCGGAUUCUGAUGCCGUCAUCCGACAAAAAAGCUGUAUCAUCCUAGGGAGCAUGGCUGCCAUUACAGGAGGUGAAAGAGUGUUGAUGAGCGCAGAUGCACCCCAUCAACUCCUGCGCCUCGCCCAUGCUGACUCCCAUCAUGCAGUGCGGCGGCAAGCCUUAGCCGCCCUGUGUGUGUUUAGUCAACAGGAUGCACUGCAGCAGGCUCUGAAGUCCAUUGAAGCUGAGCGUAAACGCCACCACAUAUCCCAGCGUUCUUCACUUCAGAGCAAUUACAAGCGGAUGGGUCAAGCAGAGGUGAAGCAUGAUGUAGACUCAACACCGGAGUAACAAACAAACAAAUAGUCCAGAUACUGUAAUAUUUAAACUAGUAUUAUGUUAUCAUUGAGUUUUCUUUGGUACUGAGACAGCCAGGGAAGAUUUCAGUCUCAGUUACCUUCAUGUCAGUGUUUUUCUGUACAAUUUUUUUUGUUUAUUUGAUUGAUUGAUUGAUUGAUUGAUUGAUUGAUUGAUUGAUUGAUUUGUUUGUUUUUAAGGGGACGGGUUUGGUCUUAGACGUAGCCUGUAAUGUAAGAAAUCCCAAUGAAAUGUGAUUUAGACUGAGACUAGCCUUAAAGUGUGUGCGAGUCUACUUUUAAAAUACAAAUGAUGAAUAUUGUACAAUUCUGUAGAAUGAUGCUUAAAUACUAAGGAUGUCCUGAUUGAUUAAUUAAUUAAUUAAUUGUAAAUUAUUUGAAGACCUGCCUGUCCAAACAGAUUUGUCAGGAUAUACUCUAAUUUUCUUCUGUAUUGUUAUGAUAUUGGUCUAAUUUGUAUAGAUGUUUUGUACUUUGCUGCUCUCCCUGAA